ACUGGAUGCCAGACAUAAAAGAUCUAGUGUACAAAGGAAUCGAUUACUUGUUUGUGGUCCAAAAGUGCACCAUCCCUACCUUUCCUGUAUCAUAAUACUAUACUGGAUUGUGACUCACAGACUCUGGCAGGCAGUUUUUAAUGGAUGUAUGAGCUCCUCCAGUGCAUCAAGUGCAUCGGCUGGAUAAAUUACAACUGAAUAAAGGAUUAAGUCUGAACUAAAUAAUGGCUAAGGACACAAAUAUAGCCAUUUGUCCUUUUCCAUUGGUAUUCACAGACAAUAUGCAAAGGGCACGGAUGUUUCAAGGACUUUGUUCUCUACCUCUGCCACUUUAUUCACUUCUAAUAUUUUCAAUACUAUCUUCAGUGAGACUUAGCAAUGUACCAGGAGUUGAAUACGAUUGGGAAGCUCACCCCAAGUUAGUUUGCAUGCCCCUACCUGUUGACACUGAUCCAAGUUGUUUUCCCCCAGAUGGGGUUACUCAUGACCCUAGCAUUACUGCACAGAACAAUGGUCGUGUCGAUAGCCACACUAAUGGACAUGGAAAGGGACAUUUAACUGGGGGCUUGGCCAACAGUGCUACCAGCAGCGGCAGCAGUCGAGGGGGCAUGUCUGAUGAAGCAAAAGCUACAAUUCUGCACUUGAGGGAAAGCCUAGUGCGUCAAAAGGAAACCAUUCUGGAUCAGAGAGAAACUAUACGGGAGUUAACUGCAAAACUGACACUCUGUGAGGGCUUUGGGAGGGGUGCAGGUAGGCAUCACAAUGAAGACCACCAUGGACAUUAUGGCUCUCACCAAACCUCACAGUAUGACAGUGACCAUCAUUCCGAUCUCCACUAUCCACUCAAUGGGUACCACAAUGACCAUCAAAGAGGAAAGCCACCUUUUCUAGGGAAACAUGGAUUUUCUCCUGAGCAGGCUGGGAAGACCUUACAGGCCCUGAAAGAGAGACUGGAACAUUUGCAGGCAAGGAAUUCAUCUAGCACCUAUUCUAGUUCCCUGAAAGAUCUUCUGCAGCGCAAAAUUAAUGCACUUGAAGAACAGCUCCAUCGUCACUAUGCCGGUCACCAUGACUAUGCCACCCACGCAUCCCAAUCUGAGCAUGGGCAUCGUGAUAAUCACGAUGAUAAUCACCAAGGAGAGCACCAUGAUGACCAUGAUAACAACCACCGCUAUGGCCCCCAUUACAGUCGCUAUCGCCAUCAUUAUGAUCAGCUCGGCACACACCACAAUAAUAAUGAUAAUCACCACAAUGACCAUCGUAGCGAUCACAAUAAUGACCACCAUGACAGCCAGCAGAAUGAACAUCAUGAUGACCAUCACUUAAACCCGCACGACAGUGGUCACCAUGGCAACGCUGAUUAUGGCCACCAGCGCCGUAGCCCUCAUAAGCCAAGCUCAUCUAGAUCGCGGGGAUCGUACAAUAAGUUGGAUUCUGUGCUGAGCCAUCUGUAUCACAGGUCCCCGGAAACAGGAAACCACAAGAGACCUAAAAAUCCCGAUGGCUUUCAAAUUGGAUUCCCCAUGCACACUAACUACAUGUACGGCCGGAUCAAACGGACUCUUCUCAAUGAAAUCUUUGCGCUUACAGUCUGCCUCUGGCUAAAGGGGGGUUCAGGCCCUGGAAUAGGCACUCCUUUCUCUUACUCUGUUCCUGGACAGGCUAAUGAGCUGGUCAUAAUUGAAUGGGCCAACAGUCCAAUAGAAUUGCUGGUGAAUGACAAAGCUGUAACCUUACCUCUGUCCCUGCAUGACAGUAAGUGGCACCAUCUUUGUGUGACUUGGUCAACUCGAGAUGGAGUGUGGGAGGCCUAUCAGAAUGGAGUCAAAAGGGGCUCUGGGGAAAAUCUUUCUCCCUGGCAUCCCAUAAAACCAGGUGGAGUCUUUAUUCUGGGACAGGAACAGGAUACUCUCGGUGGCCGCUUUGAUGCCACACAAUCAUUUGUUGGAGAAAUGUCAGACCUACAGGUAUGGUCACGAGUUCUUAAUUUUCAAGAAAUAGACAAGCAAGCCUCCUGUUCCAACCACCUCACUGGAGACGUAAUCGCUUGGAAUGAGUCCAUUGUGGAACUUCAUGGAGGAGUUACCAAAUACCCCUUCGACCCUUGUCACUAAAUGGCCAAGCAGGCUGCUGCUACUGCUUCAUAACCCUUAGAACCCAAAGAACUCAAUUAAGAGGCAUUUUUGUAGGCAGCUUGACAAUGUAAAUAAGAA